ACUUGACCACGAAAACACCGCACAGAGACCAUGUCGGGACGGAAGAAGCGCCGUGCGUCUUUCGGCAUCACCAACGACGACACUAUGUCGAUGAGCAACAUCCAAGAGUACAAGUCGCUGUUCAAGGCGCUUGAUGAGGACAACGACGGCUUUGUGACGCAGGCGGACGUGAAGAACGCGUGCUCGACGUUUGGAUGCCGCAAGGGCUCGUCGGAGCUGGCCGAGAUGUGGGACGAGGCAUCGAACGGCGCGUCCAAGAUCGACUUUAACAAGUUUGUGACGAUGAUCGACUCGCGGAUGGCGGGCUUUGUCAACAAGGACUCGCUCUUUGCGGCGCUCGCCACGCUCGACCGCAACCAGGGCCGGGAGGAGCUUGUGGGUGGCGGACCUGGCCCUCGGCCGGAGACCGGCAAGCUCGAUGCCGACGCGCUCGAGAUGCUUCUGCUCAAGGCCGGACUCAAGCUCUCGUCGUCCGAGGUUGACGAGUUCUUCUCGUCGAUCUCCGUCGACUCGGCCGGCUUUAUCGACAUCAAUGACGUCGUCACGCUCCUUCUCGAGUCGUAGGCCAGGGGAGCAUCGCUCUUUCUCUCGAAUAACACACGUCCUCUACUCGUG